AUGGCAGGGCUUCCGGUGCCAAAGAGUCACACCGAUAUUCUAACUCAGACCACCAGAUCACAAGCCGAUCUUCAACCGCUGCUCCACCAAGGCCCAAUUAAGAGCGGUAAACCGUUCCGGAUCGGGAGCACCCUUGAAUCGGCGGCGGACGCAAAGUCAAAUGCACUUUCCGAUUGGCAGCGCUGGCCGCGUGGCCCAGUUGGUGGCUAUUGGCGGAUCGGCCAGUUCCGACGAUAUGUGCCGGCACCGAUUAUAAGGCCC